AUGUCCAAGACACAGUGGAAAGACAUUCCCGUCGUGCCGACGUCGCAGGAGUUUCUCGACAUCGUGCUCUCCCGAACCCAGAGACGCCUUCCCACACAAAUCCGCGCGGGCUUCAAGAUCAGCAGGAUCAGAGCCUUCUACACGCGCAAAGUCAAGUACACGUCCGAGACCUUCACCGAGCGCCUAUCCGCCACCAUCAACGGCUUCCCGCGCCUCGCAGACAUCCACCCGUUCCACCGCGAUCUGCUCAACACGCUGUACGAUGCCGACCACUUCAGAAUCGCCCUGGGCCAGCUGAACACGGCCAAGUCUCUGAUCGAGGCCGUUGCCCGUGACUAUGUCAGGCUCAUCAAAUAUGGCCAGAGUUUGUUUCAGUGCAAAAACCUCAAGCGCGCCGCGCUUGGUCGCAUGGCCACCAUUUGCAAGCGUCUAAAGGACCCGCUCGUCUAUCUUGAGCAGGUCCGCCAGCAUCUGGGCCGUCUCCCCGCGAUUGACCCAAACACCCGCACGCUCGUUAUUUGCGGAUACCCCAAUGUUGGUAAAUCGUCCUUUUUGAAGGGCAUCUCCAGGGCCGAUGUGGAUGUCCAGCCCUAUGCCUUCACCACCAAGAGUCUUUUCGUGGGACACUUCGACUAUAAGAUGCUGCGCUUCCAGGCGAUUGACACCCCCGGUAUUCUUGACCACCCGCUCGAAGAGAUGAACACAAUUGAGCAUCAGUCUAUCUGUGCCAUUGCUCACUUGCGUGCCGCCGUCCUUUACUUCAUGGAUCUGUCCGAACAGUGUGGUUACUCCGUAUCUGCACAAGUCUCGCUUUUCAACUCCAUCAGGCCCUUGUUCGCCAACAAGCUGGUCUUCGUUGUUAUCAACAAGAUCGAUGUCACCCGACCAGAAGACUUGGACCCGGAAAGCCAGGCUUUGAUCCAAGGAAUGCUCAAGUCGGGUGAGGUUGAGCUGCUCCAGCUCUCCUGCACUACAACCGAGGGGCUCAUGGAAGUCCGCAACCAGGCCUGCGACCGCUUGCUCGCCGCCCGUAACGCUGAGAAGCUCAAGGCCGGCACCAACAGCUCCGGCGAGCCUACUGGUAGACUUGGUGACCUCCUUCGCCGCAUCCACGUCGCUCAGCCGAUGGGUGGAGUCACCCGUGAGACCACAAUCCCCGACGCUGUCAAGAACAGGAAGAAGUACGACCCUGCUGAUCCUGACCGGAUCACUUUGGAACGCGACCUCGAAGAAGCAGAUGGCGGUGCUGGUGUAUACAACUUCAACAUGCGGAAGAACUACAUCCUUGAGAACCCAGAAUGGAAGGAGGACAGGAUACCCGAGGUUUACGAUGGCAAGAACGUCUACGAUUUCAUUGAUCCCGACAUCGAGGCUAAGCUCGCAGCCUUGGAGGAGGAAGAGGAGAAGCUCGAAGCCGAGGGCUUCUACGAGUCCGACGAUGAUGUCGAAGAUGCCGAUGAGGCGGACAUUCGAUACAAGGCUGAGCUCAUUCGCGAGAAGAGGCAGCUUAUUCGCAACGAAGCGAAAAUGCGUAAGAGUCUCAAGAACAGGGCCGUCAUACCGCGCUCUGCCAAAGCUGUCAAGAUGUCCAAGAUGGAAUCACAUCUUGAAAGUCUUGGCUACGAUACCUCCAAGGUUGCUGAGCGCGCCCGAAGCCAGAGCCGCGGUCGCAGCUUGGCUCGUGCCCGUUCGGAAGGUGUGGACGGCGAUGCUAUGGAUAUCGAUACCCCCAAGGCUGCUCUAGCACGCGCAUUGAGCCGUGGUAGGAGCCAGAGCACCAACCGCAGGACUGAUGGUGUUACAAACGAGGAGUCUCGCUCGAACGCUGAGAGAUUGGCCAAGCUGUCACAAAAGAAGAUGAACAGAAUGGCCAGACAGGGUGAAGCCGAUAGGCACCAGACUGGUUCCUUGAUCAAGCAUUUGGUUGCAGGCAAGCGUGGCAACGGAAAGACAAACAGGCGGUAA